AUGAAUCCCGCAACUUACAACAAUGGUGGGGGGGCGUUGGGUGGCGCCAAGGCGCAUGGACAGAUGCAAGCGCCGCAGAAGAACGACAACAAUAGCCAGGCGAUGAUGAAUUACGUCGCCCAGGCAUUACAGUCUCAAGGUCCAUUCACUGGAUGGAGGUCCGAAGUUCCUGUGAAGGAUCGGGCCGUCAAGGUAUAUCAAAUGCUCACUUCCCUUCGUUUAAUUCAACCGCGUGUCGAUCUCCAGAACGCAGCCCAGGCGGCUUUAAGUUUCGAGCAAAAGGCCUUCAAAGAAGCCCGGGAAAAGGUCGAUUACGACAAGGAGUGUAACGAGAAGCUCAUACAUAUUCGCGACACGCGUGCUCGGCAGGCCGCCGUCAUGCAGAAUGGGAUGAUCCCUCAAGCGGGACCGGGCGCCGGGAUGCCUGGAGUCGGACAGUCUCCAUUCCCUCAACAGAUGAAUCGCCAGGUACAGGCCUCUCCGAUGGCUGGACAGCAGCAGAUGUCCAUGAAUAUGAACGAUCCAACACAGCAGGUGUCGAUGCAGUCUCGUCAACCCUCGCAGCCGCAGCCGCAGCAGCAAGCCAUGCUACAACAGCAACAACAACAGCAGCAGCAGCAGCAAAGACAACAGCAAAGGCCUAACGGGUCUACUUCGCUAACGGAUGACCUCAACUCUCUCAAUGCCCAAGAAUUUGACCAUGUAUGCCGGAUUGCCGACCAAAUUAUUACAAAGACAUCUCCGGAGGAUAUAGAAAAAAUCAAGAUGAACUUGCAGAACAUGACUCCCGAGCAGAAAACAUACCUGUUAAGGAAAGACAUUGACCCGGUCACCUAUUUCUUCCGCUCGCAGGCCUUGACACAGUUGAGGCGACACAAGCGCCAUCGGAUGGAGUUGAAUCGCGCGCAGAAUGCCGGUGUCGACCCAGCUGCGAUGAUGAACGAUCCGAUGGUGAACAAUCAGCAGCGCCAAGCGCUGCAAAACAUGAUGAAUCUUCAGCGCAAUUCGGCGUUCAACAUGGCCAACAACCAACAACAUCUAGACCCAUCGUCGUUCAUCGGCAAUGUUGAGAAUAUUCAAGGACAACAGGCGGAUGGGUUACGCUCGCAGGAAGCCGGCCAGUUAGUGGUUCCGGCCAGCUCUUCUCAGAUGAACCAGCAGCUCUUUACUCCCCAGAACAUGUUCCAGCAAUUGGGUCAAAAUGGACAGAACAACAUGAAUGGGGGAGGGAUGAAUCCGCAACAAUUCUUCUCACAACAACAACAACAACAACUACAGAAUUCCCAAGCCGUUCAGCCGGACCGAACCCAACAGGCUCCUCAAUUCCCCCCUCAGACGCAGGCUCAGACGCAGGCCCAAGCGCGCGCGCAAGCCGCCCAGAAGGCGCAGAUAGCCAUAUCGCAGGCUGGACAAGCCAACCCACACAUGCAGCAGCAGAUGUCACAAAAUUCUGCCAUGCCAAUGUUAAACCGCCCUAUGGCCCCGGGUCAAAUGUCGCCCGCUCAAGUGGCUGCUCAGGUUCGGCCUCCGUCGCGCACUCCUGGAAUGGGACAGCAACCGAAUGGUGUCCAGCCUUCGGGGGGGCAACCAACGAUGCAGGGCCGGCCGCAACUUCCCGCUAAUCUUCCGCAGGGGCUUCAAGAGCACUUGUCUCAAAUGAGCCCAGAACAGAUCAAUAAUUUUGUCAAUCAACAACGUCGUGCUCAAGCAAUGGCUCGGGCAGGCGCUACACAACAAGGGAUGCCCAUGCAGCCAAAUAUGUCGCAGUCCGGUCAGGGUCAGCAAAUGACCAACGGUCAGAUGAGUAACAAUCAGAACAUGAGGGCGUCUUUAAAUUUGCAGCAGCAACUUGCCGGAAUGGGUGGCGCUCAGCCGCAGCCGAACCAAAUGAUGCAGGGGCAACAGAUGUCUGUUCAGCAGCGCCAGCAACAACAACGUCAGCAGGAGCUUUAUAAACUACAACUUCUUCGUCAACAAAGUGGAGGAAUAGAAAUGUCGCCCGACCAAGUCAAGGAGAUGGACCGCCUACACUUCCCCCCAGCGCUCUUCAGCAACAACCCGAACAUGGUUUCGCCGGUUCCCAAGCACAUAAAGACCUGGGGCCAACUUAAGCAGUGGGCAGCCGCCAAUCAUCAGGCUCUCGGAGGAAUGGACCUUGCAAAAUUGAUGACAAUGCAAAAAUUUCACUUGGCUCAGAUAAUGUCCCAAAGUCAAAACAGAGACGGUGGACGAAAUCCGAAUCAAGGUGGUCAGGGCGCAUGGAUGCCGCCGGCGCCUUUCCAAGGGCAGCCGCAGCCGUUCGGGAACCCUCAGCCGUUCCCAGCUGGCCAGCAACAGGCUGGAAAUAACAUGCCUCCUAUUCGACCGGUGACCGCUGCAGAUAUCCAGAUGGCUCGCCAGAGAUUAGGUCAACAAGUCGCGGGCUUCAACGACGAUCAACUUCGAGAGCUACUCCAUAGAAAUAGGCAAAAGCAAUACAUUCAGGUGGCUCAGGCGCGUGCUCUCGCCAACCAACAGGGCCAACAAGGCCAACAAGGCCAACAACAAGGUCAACAGAAUCAGCCAGCCCAGCAACCCCCUAUCACCGCACCCAUGUCCACCCCCAAGAUAAAACAGGAGCCCCAAGCACCACAACCGACGUCUCAGCCAGCCCAACCAGCCCAGCCGAUCAAAGCUCCGACGGCAGCCCCUGGCAAGGGCGCAAAAGGGCCUGUCGCUAAACCGCCGCCCAAGAGGAAAAUGCAGCAAGAGGAAUCUACGGAACCGCAAAACCCCGCAGCGCAAACAUCGACACAGCCGCCAGCUACCCAAGGGGUGCCGGCACCCGCACCAGCUAGACCCAAUAUGUCACUUACUCGGGAGCAGAUGGCUGCCAUGACGCCGCAGCAACGCGCCCAAUUAGAGGCACACUUGCGCCGACAGCAAGGACAAGGUCGUGUCCCCAUCACCAGAGCGGCCGCCGACGAAGCAUGGAACAACCUACCAGAGAAGCUCCGACAGUUGUAUAAUGAAGCGGUGAGACAAGCACCCAUUGCGGAUCCUGUGGCCGUUACGCCGGAACAGAAGGCCGCCAUGACCCAGCAACUCCGUGAAUGUACCGAUAUGCUGGGAAGAAUGGAUGCCUUAGUCCAGUGGUUCAUGAAGGUUCCUGGCCAGGAAAAAUGUGUGCGAAGCUUACUGGUCAUGCGUAUACAAUUAAUGCGACAAUUCAAGAGUGGGCCUCAUUGGGCUGUGGCCGACCAUUUUACCCUUUCUCCCGAGAACCUCAACAAGAGCAUCCAAUACGUGAAGAGGUUGUUCCAAGGUAUGAUCACCCACGUAAGCCAACAGCAACGAUCCGGCGCAUCGCAGAGUCCUCCGAAUGGACAAGCGGCCGCCCCGAACAUGCCUGCCUUGAAUGCAAACAAUCUCCAGCAGCUUCAGCAAGAACAAGAGGCUCUCCAGCGAGCGCGAAGGGCCUCGAGCCAGACUGCCGUUUCGGCUACCUCUGUGGUUCCGCCGGCGCCAUUUGGAGCGCCAUCUCCACAGGGCGUUCCACAUGCGUAUGGACCCGGAAGUAUACCACCGCAAGAACUCAAGCUACCUCCACCGAAAAAGAGAAAGCAGUCGCAUGCCGGCGCCACUCCCACCACUGGCACGCCGGGUGCCAAGGCUGCGACGGGCAAACAGGCCGGAGUCGAGGCGGCCAAACCCACAACAGCUGCUUUACUUGGUGCCUUCAAAUGCAGUGUUGCCGAAUGCCAGUAUCACUACCAUGGAUUUCCUAAUCAGAUUGCGCUGGACAAGCACGUGGAAGAGAGUCAUAAGGUUGAAGAGUCGAUUGAAAACCCUCUUGAGUUUGCUCUGGAAAGCUUCCGUAGCACCCUCAUCACAAACGAGGACAAAUCCGGGGCCCAGGGCGCUCAAAAGGGGGCUACAAUGGAGGCUCCGCAGGUGCCGAAGUUGGAAGGAACCACGCCCAUCACGGCGGGUACCACCCCGAUGGGACGAGUACCAAGCCAGUUUGGUCCUAAGGCUGCUUCGCCGGCCUCGAACCAGCACCUCACGCCCCGCGGGGGUUCGACAAAGACAUCUGCAUCGACGGCUAAGCCUGCCAAAGGCAAGGACGAUAAGAAGGAUCUCAGCAAAUCUGCAGAGCAAGAGCCGCCCGUGCAAGUGCAAGACCCGUGGGCAAACAGCGCCAUUUCUCUCGAAACUAUUCAUGACACAUUCACGUUUGGCGAUGACGGCGGGCUCGGGUUCGGCGCGAUGGACGAAUUCCUCAAUCCCGACAUGUUUACCAACACCCAGUCUAAGGACACCCCGGAUUCGAUUGAAACUGCGGUUGUCACGCAAACCCCCAAGGAUGGCGACAUACCUACCACCGACGACAUGAAUGCCAAAAGCGGUGAGGGUGCCGAUGACAAUUGGAUUCCUGUGGAUUGGUUCAAUCUGCCCGGGCGAUUCGAAGACGGGCUUCUGAUGAAUGACUCGUGGGAGGAAAUCGAUUGGGACACAUUUGAUCGCAAAGACACAUCUAUGAAUGUGGACGACAGCGGAAUUGCUAUCUGUGCUAUGUAA